GUCUGGACUCUGGACUGUGUUCCCAAAACGCGCGACAAUCGAGGAGGGUGGGAGAUUAAGAUUGGGAGUAGACGCAAGUAAGCCAAAAGCUAAAGAGCCAUGGUGUCAAUCCACUUCUCAAACUCUCUCAUCGCUCUUAAACCUCCUCAUCAUCUUCAUCCUCCUUACCUCUCCGCCCUUAAACCCUCUUCUUUUCUUCCCAACAAGUUUCCCAACCCAACAAAGACCACCAAAUACACAACCUUUCGAGCCGAGUUACCUCACGACGCGCCCUUCGCCGCCGCCAUCGGCGCGUGCAUGCUCUCCUCGCUGGUGCUUCCCCCGGUUUCUUCUCCAUCAGAUGAUCCUGAUGCUGGCUCCGGUAUUGAUUCCACCGAUGCUAGGUUUGCGGUCAUGGGGGUUGUUAGCUUCAUUCCCUACUUCAAUUGGCUGAGUUGGGUUUUUGCUUGGCUGGAUACUGGGAAAAGGCGCUAUGCAGUUUAUGCACUUGUGUAUUUGACCCCCUACAUCAGAUCGAAUUUGAGUUUGUCCCCUGAGGAGAGCUGGCUGCCCAUUGCUAGCAUCAUAUUCUGCAUUAUUCAUGUCCAGAUAGAGGCAAGUAUUAAAAAUGGAGAUCUUCAGGGAUUUCAAUUCUUCAAUGAAGCUGCAAAGCAUGUUUCCUCAAUGACUAAAAAAGGAGAUCAUAUAGAUGGGCAUCAAGGAGCCUCGAAGAAGGGGAGGGAAAGAGAGAAUAAGAACCUGCGUUUCGGCCAAGAGCAGGCAAGAAACGAGAUUGAUGGUCGGGGAGUUCCCAAAAGGCCCUUACAAGACAGUGACUUAAAGGAAGAUAGGGAUGACAAUGAAAGAAGGAAACAGUAGUAUAUCAGCAAUUCAAAUAGCAGGAGGGAAUGAGGAUAUCCCACAUAGCAAAUGUAGUCUGAUAUGUUUAA